AUGCAAACUGUUACGCCUGUAGAUGUUCAUGUUGAAAAUAAAUGGCAUGAUAAUUGUCAUAAUGGAUUAUAUAUUAAAAAAAAUACUUCCACAGUAAAUCGUGGAGGACGACAAGCAACUCGGAUGCGUACAUGCGUAACAAAUAAAACAAAAACUAGUAAAAUAAAAUCUUGUCAUAUUCCUCAACAAGUUGUUCAGCCUAAACAAGUUUUACCCGUUCGUUCUCGAAGUCCAUCACCUAAUCGAGAACCAUGGAUUCCACCACCGGGUCGAUCAACCAAGGGACAAAAAUUUGCUUGGCAGAGUUCAAAAGCACGAUUGGAAAUCAAUCCCAUUCGUGACGGUCUUGUUAUUAAUGAUGUUGACGAUGGAAAUUGUCAAAAUAUUGACCAUGAUAAGCAAAAUUUUCAUAAUCAAACAGCAAAUAGUUCAACAGAACAAGAUGAAAAAUUUCAAGAAGAAAUUCGAAUAUAUGAAAAACGUAUUCAAGCAUUAAUUGAAAAUGUUGGAAUGCUCAAAGAACGAGCACGAAAUCGUAGUAAUCAAGAACAAACAAAUCAACUUCGUUCAGAUAUUAAUUCAUGUUUACGUGAUCUCGAACAAUCUCCACAAAUAUCUAAUCAAAGAACAACUAAUAUAUUAUCAUCACGAAUAUCUCGUUCAUCAUCUCCAAUUCGUAAUAAUUAUCGUUCAUCGAGUGCUGGUGAACAACGAAGUCAUCGAUCAUUACCUAGAAUUUCUUUUGCAGAUGAUCCUAUUAUUGAAAGAAGACGAGCACGUAGUACAACACCAGUACGAGGUCCACUUCAUCUCAAUCCAGAUCGUGAACGAUUAUUAAUAUCAUUAUCAGAAUCUGAAGCUGAUAUUGCACAAAUAACUAAACAAUUAUCAUCUGUUAAAGAUAUUCUAACAAAACUUAAACUUGAACAUCAACCAGUAUCAUUUGAAGUUGAACAAUUAAAUCAACAACGUAAUCAAUUAUUACAUUUAAUCGAACAAUUUGAGCAUUCAAACAAUAAACUUACAGAUUUUAUUCGUCAUCAAUAUCAUUUAGAAGCUGAACAUGCUAUUAUUAAUGAAACAAAAGAUACUUUAUUAACACGUGUACAUGGACUUCAAAAUGAAAAUGAACAAAUAAGACGUCUUUUACUUGAUCGAGAAAAUGAUAAUAUUGCUUUACAAACUGAAUUUGAACGUGUAAGAACACAUGCUAUUGGUUUUGAUACAAUGAAAACAUCAUUAGAACAUAAUCGUGCUCAUCUUCAACGAGAACUUUAUGCAAAAGAAGGAGAAAUUAAUCGACUUCAAUGCGCUCUACGGUCAUUAGAACGUGAUCUACAACGUAGUCGUUAUCAAUGUGAUAAUCUUCAACGAUCAAUUAAACGUACACCUAUGUUUCCUAUUACAUCCUGUUCUUCUUCUGCACCAACUGUUGUGGCUAAAACUAAAGAUGAACUUGAAAGAAAAUUAUAUGGUAAUAAAAAUGAACAAAUAGUUGAUGCGAAUUCUGAAAUUAUUCGUUUACGUACAAAACUUGAACAUGCUGAACGUUUAGUUGCUGAAUAUAAAGAACAAUUACAUACUCAAACAUUGAAAACAUCUAUUGAUAAUAGUAAAAAUCAUUUAUCUGAAAUAGAAUUAGAAAAAAUGCGUGUUCGAUUACAAAAACGACUUGAAGAACUUGAACCAUUACCAGAAUUAUUACGAGAAGCUGAAAUGAAAAAUCAAGAACUUGAAACACGUAUUCUUGAACAAGAAAAACGUUUAGCUGAACAAUCAGCUAUUAUAACUGAACUUAAUUCAAAAACAAAUGUUCAACAUCAUAUUAUUGAUCGAAUGAAAGAAAAUCAUCAUUCAUUCGAUGGUGAUCAACGAUCACUUCAACGACAAUUAAUUACAUUAGAAGAAGAGAAUGCUACUCUAUUAAGAAAUCUCAAUGCUAAAGACGAAGCAUUACGGAAUGCACAGUCUCGUCUCAACGCUAAAACACAUGAAUUAGCAUCGAUGAAUAAACAAAUUAAUUUAACACAAACAGAUAUUAAAGCUCGAGAGGAUACAUUUGGUUCUAAAGAACGUCAUUUUCAACAACGUAUAAAUGAUUUCGAACAACAAAUAUCAAAACUUCGACUUGAAUGUACUCAAUUAAAACGAGAAAAAGAUGAACUUGAACGACGUUAUACAUCCCAAUUAGGUGAAUUACGUGAUAGACUUGAACAAUCAAAUAAUAACAAUCGAUCUAUGCAAAAUUAUGUUAAUUCUCUUAAAACAACAUACGCAAGUGUAUUUAAUGAUACGCUUCCACCACCAUUUACAACAACAUCUUUUACACGAUUUACAACAACACCAGGUGUAUAUCCUUAA